GACAGGGAAUACAUCGCUCUCAAAAGCAGAGCAUGUAGUUUAAAUGGCUGCCUAAGUAGCUAAAGUCUGUUUUCUGUUUCUAUUGUACAUUGCGUCUUAAGUAAAAACUGAAAUAUGGAUUUUGAUCGUAUACUUGAUAAAUGCGGCAACUUUGGUCGCUUUCAAUUUGUUAUUCUAAUACUUUACGGCUAUACGAAUAUUCUCAGCUCGUUGCAUUACUUUUCGCAAACUCUUAUUACUUUUACGCCAGAGCAUUGGUGCUCCCAUGAUGAUCUGCAAGGGUUGAGCGCAGAGUCCAUACGCGAUAUCUAUGCAAAUGUUACUCAUCCCAGCUGCACGCAGCUUGGCGGUGUAGUCAACGGCACUGGCAUUGCCGCGGAGACUGAAGCCUGUCAGGAUUGGAUAUUCGAGCGUGAAAGCGGCUAUGAGAGCCUGACAACUGAGCUCAAAUGGGUUUGCGACAAGUCGCAUCAGCCGGCAGUGGGUCAAUCGUUUUUCUUCCUUGGCUCAGUUGUGGGCACCAUUACUUUUGGCUAUUUGUCUGAUCGCAUUGGACGUCUGCCUGCCAUGUUAAUGGCUACUGUGGCGGGCGCUUCCGGCGACUUUUUGACAUCCUUUGUGCAUACUCUGCCUUGGUUUGCCUUCUGUCGCUUUGUUUCUGGCCUGUCCACCGAUACCAUGUACUAUCUUAUGUAUAUUCUGGUAUUCGAGUACCUGAGUCCAAAGCGUCGCACUUUUGGCCUCAACAUUAUACUGGCCUUCUUCUAUUGCUUUGGUCUGGUGACUUCACCCUGGGCUGCCAUUUGGGUUGGCAACUGGCGUAAGUAUCUUUGGAUUGCCUCGUUGCCAGCGCUGGGUGUGCUGGCCUAUCCGCUAUUCAUUUGUGAGAGCGCUCAGUGGCUGCUGACAAAGCAAAGAUACGACGACGCUGUCAAAAGUCUCAAAUGGGUGGCCAAGUUCAAUGGCCGCAAGGUGGAAGACUCGGAGUAUGAUGAGUUCGUCAAGCAUUAUCGCCAAAAGCUUAACCAAGAGCAAAAGCAAAAUAAGGAAGACACCUUCAUGGGCAUGUUUAGAACGCCGCGUCUGCGCCGCUUUACGCUUACACUGCUGAUCAAAUCAGUUAUCAUAACACUAUCCUACGAUGUAAUCAAUCGCAAUAUGGAGGGUCUGGGCAUGCCGCCAUUCAAGCUCUUCUCCAUUACUGCUCUGCACUAUUUGCCAGCGGGUGCUACAAUUCUGCUGCUGCAAAACAAAAUCGGACGCAAGGGCAUGGCAUGUGGUGCGCUGCUGGUUGGUGGCAUUAUAACCACGGUAACGGGAUUUCUGAUUGCCUUUCUGGAUCCCAAAGAGAAUGCAGUGCUGCUUGCUGUUAUGAUCGGCUUGGGACGCUAUGGCGCCACCGUCAGCUAUGAUGCGGAGAUACAAUAUGCAGCUGAGAUAAUUCCAACAAGUGUGCGUGGACGAGCUGUCUCCAAUAUACAUGUGCUGGGCUUGGCCUCCAGCUCGUUGGCCUUCUAUGUUAUCUAUCUGGCACAGUUCUAUAAGCCGCUGCCUUCAAUUUUCAUAAGCUGCUUGAUGUUCAUAGGCGCAGCUCUUUGCCUCACACUACCCGAGACGCUGCACAAAAAACUACCAGAGAACUUGGAGGAUGGCGAGCGCUUUGCCAUGAACGAGAGCUGCUGGUAUUUUCCUUGUUUUCACAAGCGUCGCGAAAGUUUAACCUCAACUGAUGUUUAUAAGUCUGAAUCCUAAGGUUUCAACCUGAGUCUGCCUGAUAUGAAAACCUAAUCAACCUGAUAAUGUAACUCAAUGGUCUGAUAGAACUUACUCAUGUAUGGAAUGCAUAGUAAAUCAAUCCGUUUUAUAUUAACAUAAACUAUAAACUAUAUAACAAUAAAUUCAAUAUUCACAUCAAA